AAUAAACAUAAAAGAGAAAAGCCGUGAAGAAUUUAUGUAUGAAAUAAAGGGAUUAGAGGAACAAAAUUCACGUCAUAAGAUGAGGAAUGAACGUCUUAAAGAAGAACAGAUUUACCACAUCAAAACUUUAUUGAAACAAGCUAAAGAAGAUGACAAAGACCUGGAACAUAAAUCAGUAACCAGCAAAGUGGAAGUAGAGACCACAAUGAAAGAAAAGUGGGCAGCAGAAAAAGAAGAACAUAAAGAAAUUGAAGAAAUUAAGCUCAAAAUUGAACAGAGAAAGCAGGAUGUUGAGGAAGCUAAGAGUCAUGUGGCCAAAUGGCAAACGUAUAAAGAGAAAGGCAGCCAUGUUCAUGGCAAGCAAAUCAAAGUGUUGCAAGAAGAGCUUGUUGACAUGCAGAACAGCUUUCUUGAGAUGCAAGGGCAUUUAGAGAAAACCUUAGGAGUUGCCAAAGAAGAAAUCCGCAAAUCAACAGAGGAACGAUUAGAUGAGCAGAAAUACAUAGCGUCAGAGAAAGCGAUGACAACUUUGGAUAAGUUCAGUACACAGGAAGUUAAAGACAAUGAAUGGCUGAGGAGGGAGACACAAAUCCAUCGUGAUGAGAAGCAUGCUUUACAAGCUGAAGUUGAACAGUUAGAAAAAGACAACCUUAGUAUCAUGAGCGAGCUGUUUGAUUGCAAAGUCUCAGAUCUCAAAAUUUCUAGGAAUUUCUUUCUAUCACAAUUUGCCGAUGAUGAUACAAAGCAUAAAUGUGGACUUUUAGAGACUGAUUUAGCACACAUUGAAUCACUAACUCCAAAGAUAUCAGGUUCGCGCCCUCUUAGUGCGACGCAUAGGGCAGUAAAGGCGAAAUUAGACAGUCUACAAUCAAGUGACAUGGAAGAUGGAGAUUCAUCCGAAAGUCAAGAUGAAAAUGAUGAAUUCUGCAAUGAGGUUGAUGAAAGGCUAGACGAAAACCACCAAUCAGAAAUCUUUCUCAACUACGAGGAUGAGAAUUUUGAUGAAUAUUUGAAACUUGGCCCUCUAGAGUUAAAACUGUUGAGUAUCAGUGGAGAACAGAAACCAAUUCAUCCUCCUAAGAAGCUUUCGAAUAAAGAAGUGGAAGCAAAACUGUCAGCACCUGAUAUUUGGCCUGUCACGGACAAUAUGAUAAACAAGCUCACUGUUACAUAAAUAAAAAGAUUAUAUUCAGUCAAUUCAGUUCCUGUCAUUGGUCAGAUGACGGUGAGCAUCUUGGCAGCUGAUCAGAAACGAUGUGACCCUUCGGGGAGAAGAAAGUUGUAAAAUGAUUUGGUACAUGUCUGAGUGCAUUUCAGCCUAGUUAAAGCUGCAAGUCACAGGUUAUUUCCUACCUUAACCUCUACCUUUAUUUACGCCGUUCGUCUUCCAUCAUCAUGAUGCUCAUCUUAAUUUGUGGUACUUGCUCAAUUAUUUUAUCAUCAACUAGGGGAGGCUGGGGUAAAAUUGAAUGUUCAUAUUUUAGUUUUGUCAGUCUGCUACCCUAGAAAAUGUUAAUUCUUGUCCACAGCAACAAAUAAAAUGGAUGGUUUUACCUGAA